AUGGUAAAAAGAGCAGCUGAAUCUGACCCCAUCGAUCCCGAAACAGUGCCAUCAUUCAUGCGCACAGUAUCAGGAGGAGUCUUCAAAGUUAACGGCUACACGCCGAACGCUCCGGAUAUCCUGCCACCGUCCCGAAUCCAGGACCUGGUGUAUACCUCAUUCUCCUAUGAUAAUGGCUCCGUGACACUCAGCUGGACUGCUGUAGGAGAUAACCUUGACCAAGGAACGGCACACAGUUACGAACUCCGCUAUUCAACGAACUUCACGUCUAUUCGAACGAAUUUCAGCAAUUGCGAUGAGAUCACGCAAGAUGAACUGGUCCACGGGAACAUCUCCAACAUCAACCCGCCAGGGGUUACCGAAACCAUCACUGUUACUCUUCCCGAAAGUGGGCAGGAUCGUCUGUACUAUUUCGCAAUAAGGGCUUGGGACGAGGCCGGGAAUGUAGGGGAUUUGUCCAACAUCGUAUCCUUGUUCUUCAUCCGUCCUUUACCGGUGACCACAGAAGCAACCACAGAAGGUACUCUGUCCACUGAACAAACCACCAAUCAAACUGAACCAGGUGAUCUGUCAACUGAAACAAUUUCGUCGGAGGAGUUGACCACGCGCCAAACUACGCCAGAUCAAGAGAGGAACCCAGACAUGCCAGAAGAACCUAACAAAACGGCCAUGAUUAUCGGCCUGUCAUGUGCGGGGGGUGUGGUCGUACUUGUUCUGGGUGUCAUCCUAUGCAUCUACUACCGGAAGACGCAUGUGGCGGAUAUGAAAUCCCAAUCUACGGAUUUAGUACAGGACAACUUCCAAGGGGUCCAGGUGGUACGAUACACCGCAACCUACGACAAUCCUGCUUACUCUACUAAUUGAUUUACGCUCCAACUUACCUUAAUGAAAAGAAUGCA